AUGAGAGUAGUUGUAUCAACUAUUGGCACACCUUGUUAUGGAAUUUUGAAUUACUUGGUUAAAACAAUACAACCGGUCUUAAAUGAAAAUCCUAUUAGGUUAAAAAAUUCAAAAGACUUUAUUAACAAGAUAAAGUCGUGGUUGAUUGACAAAGAUAAAAUACAGGUAUCCUUUGAUAUUGUGAACUUAUACCCAUCAAUACCAUUAAAAGAAGCAACUUUAAUACUUUUUGAUCAAUUAAAUAAAAGCGUUUCUUACAAAAACUCAACCAAACUUACUUUAACUGAAACAAAACAACUAAUUGAACUUUGUUUGUUUCGUUGUUAUUUCUUGUGGAAUGGUGAGAUUCAUGAGUUAGAGAAUUCAGGCCCGAUUGGAUUGUCUUUUAUGGUUGUUUUAGCUGAAUCUUAUUUACAAUACCAUGAGGAAAAAGCAAUAAAAAUGGCAACGACAAUGAUUCCUUUAAUUGAUAUUAAAUCCUUUCCUAGAUAUGUAGACAAUAGCCAUGCAAGACAACAUCUUUCUUUAAAAUAUACUAUUGAGGUUGAAAACAAAAAUAAGAUACUUAACUUUUUGGAUAUAACUAUUAUUAAUAAUACCCAAGGAAAAUAUGAGUUCAAGGUUGACAGGAAGGAUGCAAUAAUUAAUAUCCAAAUCAAACCUCAUUCUAAUCAUGAUCCUAAAAUUUUAAAAGCAAUAUUCAAAGAAUACAUACACAGAGCAUACUCAAUAUGCAGCGAAAACCAUUUAAAAGAUGAGAUAAAUUUUUUAAUUCAAGUGUUUACUGAAAAUGGAUACGAUGAAAUAAUGCUUAAAGAUAUUUCUAAUCAGGUUCGAAAAAAACGUUUUGCGAACAAAAAUGUAAUUCCAUCAAACUCUAAUAACCUUUCUACAAUCUCUUUACCAUGGAUACCAAUAAUAUCUCCCAGACUUAGAAGAAUAUUCAGAAAAGCUGGUUACAGAACUGUUUUUAAAUCAAAUGCUAACCUUAAAACGCUAUUAACGUCUAAAAAUAAGUCUAAAUUACCAUGCAACAGCACCCCAGAAACCUAUUUAAUUAAGUGCUAA